AUGGAAACAAAAAUUGCUAUUCAGGUUACCAAAGAUCGCAAGUUACCUUCAAGACGAAUUGAUUACGGAUCAGAAAUGGCGGAGACUCGCCCGGUAUUGGAAACUGUAUUAGAUCAAAACGUAGAUAAAGACCAGGAAAUCCAACUUAUGCAAGAGGAUCCUUUCCCUGAUAAAGCUGAAGAAAGCCCCUCAGAAAAACAACCAUGUUGUCAAGAUAUGACCCUGGAUGGUGAUGAUAACCAGAGCUCAUCAACAGAAAAGCUUUCUCAAGGAAAUCCAACAUCCAUUCUUCAGGAUAGCAAUGUCAACCCUAUUACUGCAAACAUCACAAAAAUGCAAAAGAAACUAAGAAAAUCAAAUAAGAAGAUUGAAACCCUGAAGAGGAAACUGAAAACAUCGCAACAACGGUCACGGCGCUUGAAGAAAAAGGUAUUUUCCUUAACAGAAGUUGUGCAUGAACUCCGGAAAAAAGAUCUUAUCUCAACAUACUGUGAGCACAUGCUUAACCAGACAUUCACAGGACUGCUACUAGCCAUAACAAAAAGAAUGGUAUCAAAAAAGAAAUCACAGAAAGGAUGCGCAUACUCUCCUGAAUUAAAAUCAUUUGCAUUAACACUGCAGUUCUAUUCAGCAAAGGCAUAUUCAUUCGUUCGGAAAACAUUUAACCUAGCCUUGCCCAGUCAAUCACAAAUUCGAAGAUGGUACAGUAAAGUUCCAGCCGAUCCUGGAUUCACUGAGCCAGCAUUUAAUGCUUUAAAGCUGAAGUCAGAAGAAGCAAAGAAACAUGGAAAAUAA